AUGUGGAACCAACCCCUGCCGACCAUGCAGGGCGCCAUGCAAGGCGCCGUUCAGAAUGUCGGGCAUGGCAAGGCCAAGGUCAGCAAGGACAGCAAGGACAGCAUGGACAGCAUGGCCAACAGUGGCAGCCGCAACACCAGCCGCAGCCGUCUUGGAGCCAGAGCCCCAUGCACGGCGCCGUUCAGAAUGUCGGGCAGUCGGUCGGGCAGCUGGGCGGCCAGCAACAGAACCAACAGUGGCAAGGCCAAGGUCAGUGGCAAGGCCAAGCCGCAGCCGUCUUGGAGCCAGAGCCAGAACCAGCAGCAGCAGUCGUGGGGUCAGCAGAACAACGCACAGCAACACGGACAGAAUCAUGGGCAAGGCAAGCCACAUGAUGGACACCACGGCAAGCACGGCAAGCCAUACAAGCCGUCGGGCUUUAACGCCUUUGCGGCGGACUCAGAAGACGAGGACGAUUCAUUUGAGGCAUUCAUGCACGGUACAGGGAAGUUCGCGACUGGCAAAAAGAACAAACACCAAACUGCCUCUGUCCCUCUGCAUGGCGGGAACACGAUGUCGAGCUUCAACGGCCGUUCGGACAGGCUGAUCAACGCGCCGACGGGCCACGGCGUGCGGCACCACUACCUCAACGCGAAGCUUGGUCCCCCUCUCCUCUCGCGCUCUCCCUUCAUCCCUCGCGCAAUCGUCGAGCACCUCAUGCGGAGGAAGAAGGACGCCGCCAUCAGCAUCAAGUACAUGCCUGGCGACGCGAUUUCCAACAUGGAAGGCGUGGCGCAUACCUUUGUCACUCCCAUCGUUCUCGCUCUCAUGCACGGCGACUAUGCGUACAAGGGUUCGCAUACGGUUCUUCCGUACGCUGGUCGGGCGCGCGAGGUGGUGGUUAGCGCGGCGAUCCAGCCCGAUUUCGAGGAUACGAAUGGGAUGAUGGCGCUUGCGCGCCUCGAACACUACCCCAUCCAGGGAGAGGACUGGAAGGCUUGGAACCAGAACAUUGCCUCCCCUGAUGAGAAGUACAACAACAACACGCGGAUGAGUUACGACGCCCGCGUGCGCUCCCACCUCAUUUUCCACCUUAUCAAACGCCUCCCCUCCCUCUCCGAAGUGCAGAUCCUCUCCGUCUCCCAGGCGAUCAAGCAUAUUGAGGCCGGCGGUAUCACAAAGGGCAUGGCCGUACAACUCAAGAAGGGAGUCGUAUCGCUUGAACUCCUCUUCCGGUCUUACGUUGAAGCGCUCUCCAACGAGAUCGGCGCACUCGAAGCCACAUGCCUCAAGUACGUGUACACUUCCGACCCACCAGCCAUCUUCGCCCGCGAAUGCGACGCUACACUCCUCAACCGACUCCAAGCCACCGCGCUCAAACACCUCGUCAACCUCAACCCGGGGCAGAUUAAGAAUAUGCGCAUAUUUGCGUUCAACGAUUACGCCGACCCCCAGUCGGUAUCUUACUUCGCGAACGCGCUGCUCAUGACCAACACCAUGGUCAUGUCUAAGAGCGACCUAUUCCCCACGUCCCAGGGGGGAUAUUAUUGGCCCCCGCCUGAGGGGAGGGGUUGUCUCCUCGUACUCCACAACAACUCCGAUGCUUUCGGACAGAAUAUCGAGACCGAGGGUCCGGGAGGUAGCAUGGACGGCGCUAUUGGGUGCAAUUCCAGUGUCGCGGGUAGCCUACGGCGCGACCGGCACGACCUCGUCAGCCAGAUUUUCGAGCGCGGCAUGCGCUUGAGCGUGUGGUAG